AUGGCUCUGAAGUUUGUCAUUCAUGAACCUAAAGCUAAACUAUUAUUUACUCCUAAAGAAUUUUUUAAUACCUUAAAUGAUAUGUUUAAGAACUCACAAAAUCGUAUUGUGAUUAGCUGUUUAUAUAUGGGAAUAGGAGAAUUAGAAAAAGAAUUAAUAGAUAGUAUAAAAAAAAAUGUGAAUAUAAAAGAUUUAAAAGUUGAUAUAUUAUUAGAUAGACAAAGAGGUACAAGACCAGAAGGGAAAUUUAAUGAAAGUUCAGUUAGUAUUUUAUCAGAGCUUUUUAAAUGUUCAGAUAAUAUUAAUAUUAGCUUAUUUCAUAAUCCUUUAUUAGGUCCUAUACUUUAUAAUAUCUUACCUCCUAGAGCCAAUGAAGCUAUAGGUGUAAUGCAUAUGAAAAUUUAUAUUGGGGAUAAUAUUCUUGUGUUAUCAGGAGCCAAUUUAAGUGAUAGCUAUUUACGAAAUAGACAAGAUAGAUAUUUUGUUAUUGAAAAUAAAUUCUUAGCUGAUUCUAUUCAUAAUAUAAUUAAUACCAUACAAGGUAUGUCAUUUACUCUAAAUCGAGAUUUAACCAUAAAGUGGGAAAAUGAUUUAAUGAACCCACUUAUAGAUGCAUACGUGUUUCGUGAACAAUAUUAUAGAAGAAUACGUUUUAUGUUACAAGGAAUUCAAAAGCAUAUUUCACAAUAUAAUAAAAAUUAUUCAUAUAAUAAUUAUUAUAAAAAUAUUAAAAAUUAUCCAAUAAAUGAUAACAUAUAUAUUUAUAAUAAUCAAAAUAACAAUAAAUAUAGUUAUACAUCAAACGAAUUUAGCAUGUUAAAUUCUUUUAGUACAGAUAUAUUCGAUAAAGAUACAUAUAAUAAUAAAAACCAAAAAAAUAAUCAUAAAAAAGAAAAUAUGGAAACACAUACUUUGUUAGAUACAAAUGAUGCAACAUAUGAUUCAACAAUUAAUCUUCUACAUAAUAAUCAAAAUGAAAAGCAAACAAAUAAUUUAUUUACAUAUCUAAAUGAAAAAGAUGAAUUCUUUUAUCCAUUAUUUGAAAAAAAUAAAAGCAUUUUAGUACUUGAACUUUCCUUGCAGUGUGGAUUUUCCAUACCUCCAAUAUAUGAUGAAACAGAUAUGUUAGAAAACUUAUUAAAAAAUAUCGAAAAAUAUGAUCAAAGCUUAGUUAUUUCUUCGGGAUAUUUAAACUUCCCAAUGAAUUUCCUUAAAUUAAUUAGAAAUAUAUAUAUCAACGUUAUGCAAAAAAAAAAUGGUAUAUUACAAUUAAUCACAGCGUCACCAUGCGCUAAUAGUUUUUAUAAAUCUAAAGGGAUAUCUUAUUAUAUACCAAGUUCAUAUUCAGCUAUGGCUAAUGUGUGUAUUGAAUAUAUUACCAAAAAUUUAACCAAUUUUCUAAAAAAAGUAAAUGGACAAAAUGUUUCUGAACAAAAUAAUAUUUCAAAUCAAAAAAUAUAUAUUGAAUAUUACAAACCUUCAUGGACAUUUCAUUCGAAAGGUAUAUGGAUAAUGGACAAUAUGAAAAGUAUGAAAAAUGUAAGUAAUGAUAAUAAUAAUAAUAAUAAUAAUAUCAAUAAUAAUAAUAUUAAUAAUAAUAAUAAUAAAUUUCAUUCAUCUAAAAAAUAUGAACAAAAUGUUAAUAACUCACCAAAUGUAAAAAUUAACCUGAACAAGUCAGGAUAUUUUAACAAUGAAAAUUUUGAUAAGAAUAUUGAUGAAGAGAAUGAGAAUAUAUUGAAAUAUGAAGAUAGAAAUGAUAUAAAUGAAGAUAAUGAUUAUUACGAUAAUUUACCAUGGUGUACAGUGAUUGGAAGUUCUAAUUAUGGAUAUAGAGCAAAAUAUAGAGAUUUGGAGAUGAGUUUUAUAAUAAAAACAAAUGAUUAUAAUUUGAGGUGUCAGUUAAAGAAAGAAUUAAAUAUAAUAUAUGAGUCAUCCCAUUUUGUACAACUGGAUGAAUUGAAAUUACGAUAUGCUUUUUGGUUAAAAUUUUUAGUGAAAUAUAUAUUCAAAUGGCUUUUAUAA